AUGGUCAUCAAAAUUUCAAAAAAAUCAUUUUCAAUCAAUGGAUAUUCGCUUCAUAAUCAAUCAAAAACACGAUUAAAUAUUCCAUUUCUAUUUUCACAAAUAUUUCUUGAUUCUCUUCUUAAAUUAAAAUCAAAUGAAAAUGAUCAAAAUAAUUUAAUUCAUUAUCUUCAACAUGAAUAUGAAAAUAAUCCAAAUGAAUUAAAUAAUAUUCAACAGUUUAAAGAAAAUUAUUUAUCAAAUAAAGUUUUAUGGUGGUAUAAGAAAAAAGAUUUCUUUUUUUCUUCAACAUUAAAUGCUGUAUUGAAAACUGAAAAUCUUUCGAUGAUGUUUUUAUUUCGUUCAUUUCUAUUUGAUAUAAAAGAACAACUAAGAAAAUAUCAAUCAAAACAACGUUUGAAAGUAUAUCGAAGUCAAAUCAUGUCAAUUGGUGAUUAUUAUUAUUAUAUAAACAAUGCAAUCAGUUAUUUAUCAAUUAAUUCAUUUCUAUCUACAACUAAAAGUUAUUCCACAGCAUGUUCACUUUUUGAUCAACUGGAUAUUGGCUCGGAGUCUAUGAAAGUUAUUUUUGAAAUCAAUGCUGAUCCAAAUGUUGUGACAAGUAAACCAUUUGGAGAUAUAAGUGAACUGAGUAAUCAUUCAGAAAUUUUGUUUAUGCCUGGAUCAAUAUUUCGUGUUGAGAAAUGUGUGUAUGAGUUAAACGGGCCAAAUAUUAUUCAAAUGACUUUAUGCAAUGAAAAUGAUUUGAAUUUAAAUGAACAAAUUGAUAAUGAUAUGGCGAAUCCAAGAUUGAUAGGAAAAAUUUUAUCCAAAAUGGGUAAAAAUGAUUUAGCUGAAAAAUAUUUUCAACGUUUGAUUGAACAACUAUCGUCCAAUGAUUCCUUACUUGCCGAUUUAUAUGAAGAUCUUAGUCAAGUAUUAUCUCAACUAGGAAAUGAUCAGAUGAGUAAAACGUGGUAUGAGAAAUCAAUUGUAUUUAAACAACAAUAUCAAUUAAUGGGCAAAUCGAUAGGAAUAGUCGUUGCUGGUGGUCUAGAUGCUUUAAUUAAAACGGAUUAUGCAGAAGGACUGUUUGUGAAUCAUUUAGGUGAAAUUUUUGUGGCUGAUAAUAGAGAGCGUAAAAUAACAUGUUGGUCACCAAAAUCAAAAAAUGUUGGUGUUAUUGUGGGUGGAAAUGGCAAAGGAUAUCAACCAAAUAAACUCAACUGGCCAAAAGGAAUAGCAUUCGAUCGUCAAAAUAAUCUAUAUGUUACCGAUAGUUUCAAUAGUCGAGUUCAAAGAUUUGAUAUUAAUAAUAGUUAA